AUGGCCCGUGCUCUCAGCGUUUUCAUCUUCAUCUCAGCCCUCGUAGUAGGUGCAGCUGCACAAUGUGCGACACCCCUACAGGCGUGCGACUUUUACUUCAAGCCUCCACGUGGCAUGAAGCCUUUUGUGCCCACGUUCAAGAUACGCGCCUCCAAUAUGAAUCUCAUGCUCAGCCAAACCUUCAUCAUGCACAAGUCGGGUGACGUCGUGCUAUCCACGAGCAAUAACAACGAGUACAACGGAUGCAUUAUGACGCCAAGAACGGACUGGCGUACGUGUGAUAAGGUGUUUCUGUUCAAGGGAGCGGGAAACGGGCCCAGCUCCUACGUCAACACCAACCUCGUCGCCAUGUACCCCAUGACCCCCGACGUCGUCCCUUUGUAUAAGAAUAGGUGCAUCGUGCUGCGGAUGGACAACACUCGUCUCGCCCGCAGCGGCUACCUCAACAGCGGUGAUACCCGCAUGAGAUUCCCUGAGCAACGCCGCUGCAUUGUUUUCAAGACCGCGUAA